GGUUCCUCACGGACGACCUGGUGAGCCACGAGGAGCACGGCCAGCAGCAGAAGUACCUGGGCGUGUGCCGGCUCGCAGGGCCCGGGCGGCGGCACCGGCGCCUGGACCUCAUCGUGGUGCCCUACCGCGAGUCCGCCUGCGCGCUGCUGUACUUCACGGGCUCCGCGCACUUCAACCGCUCCAUGCGGGCCCUGGCCAAGACCAAGGGCAUGAGCCUGUCGGAGCACGCCCUCUGCGCCACCGUGGCCCGGGGCCCCCGAGGCGUCAAGCUGGGACCCGGCCGGGUGCUGCCCACCCCC